AGCUAAAACUAAACUUGUCCUUCAAAAGUCACUUGGAAAGUCUACGCAUAUGCGUAUAUUACACAUACACGUACACGCACCCUUAUAUAGAGCUAAAACUGAACUUGUCCUUCAAAAGUCACUUGGAAACUCACCAUCUCUACACCAUACCUGCGCUGACGUGCCAGCUGGUGCAUCAUUGGCAUCGCCAA